AUGGAGAAGCAGCCUGGCGGCGAGGACGACUGCGUGGACUCGGGAGCCGAGACGGGCGGGUCUGAGUACAGCCGCAUGUCCUCUACCAGCAGCGAGCUCUCUGUGGAAGGCAUACAGGACCCGUUCCUCGUUAGCGUGCACAUCAUCGCAGACCCGGGUGAAUCCCAGAGUCUUCAGCAGGCCAUCGAUAGACUCCUGGCCUGGAUCCACCCCGACCUCCAGCUGUUCCGCGUGUCGGAGAGACGAGCGCCGCGGAAGCGGCGGCAGGCGGGGAGGGCCGGGGCCGCUGCGGGGAGGGCCGGGGCUGCCCAGCCCGCCCUUGCCAUCAUUAUGUUUCUCCAGGAGGAGUACGGCGAGGAGCCCAUCUUGCAGCUCCAUGAAACCUUCCAGCGGCCACCUUGGCACUACCACCACACGGAGAGGGUGCAGGGGAAGUUCCUGCCUUACAUGCCCUGCAGCCAGGACUUCUACACUCUGGCUCCAGAGACCCCGCUGUGGGCCAUUCGCCCGGUGCACUACGGGAAGGAAAUUAUUCGCUUCACUAUCUACUGCAGGGGGGAAACCUUCGGUGACAUUCUGAAACUGUAUGAGUUAAUCCUGAAAAGGCCAGUCUGCCAGAAAAAAGCAGACUUCUGCGUGUUCCCUCUCUACUCUAACAUGGACAUAGACAUCCAGUUCUCCUUAAAAAGACUUCCACAGGGCCAAGUGCCAAUGCCGACCGAGUCAGCGGUGCUGGAGUUCAGAGUGAAAGAUGUGGGACAGCUUGUGCCUCUCCUGCCCAACCCCUGCAGCCCCAUCAGUGAAGGCAGGUGGCAGACAGAAGACCAUGAUGGAAAUAGGAUCCUUCUGCAGCAAACAGGCAGUUGGUGUAGGAAGUCUGCAAAGCAGAACAAGCAACCGUAUCCAUCUGUGUCAACAGAUCCCCGCUUCACUGCUCUGCCAGCCUUUCUUCCUCACAGCCACCGCUCUGUCCCUCAGCAGCCAAAAGAAAUGGGUCAGAACAAAGUGCACCACACUAAUGGCCUUGGCCAUUAUCUUGGUUUCUCCCAGCAGGACUUGAGACACGGUGAUGGAGGCGAUUUUGCACGCAGAUCCAGCAGCGCCUGCAGCGUUUCGUGGCCAUUUCAGCGCAGCAAGUCUCUGUUCUGCCUGCCCACCGUGAGCUCCUCCUCAGCUUCAGAGGCUGUGGAUUUCGGUGAACCAUUGCAGUUUUUGAGUGCUGGCUCACCUGCAACCAGGUUAAAAAUGUGGAGGUGCAGCCCCAGGCUUCAUGUUGAUGACUUGGAGGGUGCCCAGGAGACUGACGUAGACACAGGGAUGAAGCUGUCUGCCUCAGACCUGUCUGUGGUCUCUGCGUACUCUGCCCUUAAUGGAUUUUGCAAUGAUAUGGAAGCCUCUCUUCCCAUAUGGAAGCACAGUAAGGCUGAACAGGAGGCCACCGGUGGAAGGCCUCUCUCAGACGUGUGCAAUACCUUUGAGUCAGUGGAUGGUGUGCUGCCUUCUCUUCCUGAAUGGUCUUCCAGCUCAUUCAUGUCAGCAUCUCUCUCCAAGCAGCCCAAACGCUCCUCGAGAGCAGCUGCUGGCUCUCUGGGUGCUCAUGGUAGUGCUUGUCCAGCAUCUCCAGCUAAUGAGGAAGAAUUUUACAUCUGAAGUUUCCUGUGUCUUACACCUUCUGGAGCAAAUGGGACAGCAGUGGGCCCACCUUCAGCUUGCAGCUGGUUCCUUGCU